AAGGGAUGGAGAGCCGCUGUGAAUGAGGGCCAGCAUGACGUCAGGAAACCAAUGUCAACAAUGCAGCUCUUGGAGGAGAAAAGGCGUUUCAGCUGCACGCGCGCGGGCGCGCGCACGCACGCACAUACACACACGCAGGAGAGCAGUGUACCACAAAGCGACCGAUGUCUGCGGUCCUUUAAAAGCAGUUUGGGCUGUGGGAGGACAGCGGACAGAAAACACGAUGUGGACUCACUCUUCUUAUCUCUAGUGAACUGAACGCAGACGAGCAAAAAUUAGGGUGCUAGCUUGAGUUAUGUCGGCAGGCGAGGAGUGGGACAGUGAGGCAGCAGCACCUGUGUAUGUGUAUGAAUCCAAGGUCCACUGUGCCAACGUGCUGUUGAGCCUGGAAGAGCAGCGACAGCAGGGCAUCCUCUGUGAUGUGACCAUUCUGGUGGAGGGCACGGAGGUGCGAGCACACAGAGCUGUCCUCGCAGCAAGUAGCCGGUACUUUCUGCAAGCCCUGCUGGGACACAACAGGUCACCAGGGGAGGCAGAGCCCAUCAUUAACCUGCCAGACCAGGUCACAGCAAAAGGUUUUGCUCCAUUGCUCCAGUUUGCCUACACUGCCAGGCUGGUUUUAAGUCAGGAAAACAUCCAUGAGGUCAUUCUGUGUGCUGACUUCCUGGGUGUUCACAAUUUGGAGGACACUUGCUUUGUGUUUCUUCAAGAACAGUUACAAAAUGACAGCCAGCAGGCCAGCAGUGGCAAGGGGACAUAUGAUGAUGACAAUAUGGCCGAGGAUACAGUCUUGUCUGAGAAAGUCUCCUUGGAUGAUUCUGCAAAGACAAGACAGCAGACCAAUAAUGUAGCCAACACUUCUUCGCUUCUUGCUGACUUCCCACGGUGUUCUAAAUCUAGGAUGUAUCAGUACCAGAUCUGUGACAACAAGCACAGUGGAGAAAACCAUCAUGGCAGUAAUGAUGUUGUUUUAUCCGACCAUAGCUCAAUCAACCCAUUGAGCUUACAGUUGGCAGACAACAGUGCUUCUCCACAAACUCUUCUUACACCCUCCAGGAUCAAAGAGGAAACCUUUGUAUUUGAGGAAGGAGGAGAUGAAAAGACAGGUAGCAACCCAGAAUUGUGUACUGAGGAGGUAUUGGAGAUGGAGCUCGAGGUAGAAGGGGUUCCAAUAGCUGCUGAGCACCCUCCAAACCAAGAAUCUCCUUCUUCCUGUCUGCGUUCCUACCUCCAGAGUAGUGGCUUGGAUCUCAGCAACAUUCCAAGCACCGCCAUUGAGCAGCUACUCACCAACCGACUGUCCUUCAACCACUGCAGGGAAUCAGUCAAGAACAGUCACCAGAGUAAGAGGGACAAUAGCAGGAAAAUGGAAAGCUCAGUUUCUAAAGUUUCAGCCUCUAAACAUGAGGGAGAACUAGACAGAUGCAGUGUGAUUUUCUCUUUUUCUGCUGGUGGGGCAGACAUGUUGAGCCAGUCCUACAUGGAUGAAAAGCUAAGAGAGAAAGUCUCAACCCUGAUGCAGAUAGAACCUAGUUCCUCGAGUCGGUUAUGCCUUACUAAUAGCUGCCCUGCUUCCAUCAAGACAUCAGCAGACUCUCUUGCUACCUUUAAACCCUGCACCCAGACCAAAAGUUUCCGCUACUCAUUCUCUUACCCUGAGGAUACAGCCAGUGGUAGCUCACCUUCCAGCCUACCCCAGCUUGACGUCUACUCAUCACCACACUCAAGCUCAAUCUCUGGACUUCCUUACUGUAUGGCUGGGGUGUUGGAACAGAAGGAUCCCCAUGGUAGUGAGGUGGUCUUUUCUCAGGGUUGCACUAAGAUCAAAAGUGAACAGGAAUUUUCUGUCAGUGGUGGCAACUUCAGUGAUGAAUCCAGCUCUUUCUCAGAGGGAGAUAGUGAAAGUGGCAUCUCAAGAGUCUCUGGCCCUGAGGUAAAACUGCCCUUUCCUGUGGACCAGAUCACCAACUUGCCACGUAAUGACUUCCAGAUUCUCAUCAAAAUGCAUAAACUGACCUCUGAGCAGCUGGAGUUCAUCCAUGACAUUCGGCGCCGGUGCAAAAAUCGCAUUGCUGCCCAGCGAUGUCGCAAGAGGAAGCUGGACUGCAUCCAGAGCCUGGAGAACGAGAUUCGCAUACUGGUAUGUGAGAAGGAGAAGCUACUGAGUGAGCGCAGCCAGCUCAAGGUUUGUAUGUCAGAGCUAUGGCGGAACUUCUCCUUCCUCUCUCAGCAAGUGUGUAGGGAGGUGCAGGGCAGCCAUCCACCUUCCAUUUCCGGCAGCAUCAACCACACAUCCAACCCUUCAUCGCCUUCUUCUGAUGAGGACUCUGACCAACCCAGGCCUCCUGUGUCACAACUAAGUGAGCCUGCUUUUCUGUCUGAUGUGGGUGUCAUUCAGAGGUUGCUGGAGAAUAGACACUCUGGGGUGGAGGUGUCACGUCUAGGGCAGGAGAACCCAGAUUGUCCACUGCUGCUUGGAUCCACUGAGGAAGUAUGUAGCACCACUGUAUCAGUGGAUUUCUGUCAGCAGUUGUCUGAGAAAUGCACAACAGAGGAACAGAACUCAUAGGACUGUCCUUGGAGACUGGUGGAGAAUACCUUGGUCCAAGAUGCACUCAUACUUCAUACUUGUAUUCCUUGAUAUUUGAAGUUGUUUGUUUUGUAAUACACACAGAUGUUGUUUUAUCAGCAAUACUGUUCAACUGGUAUUUUCUGGAUUGGUAUAAAAGAAACACAUUGGCAGCUUACUCUCUCUUUCUCAUCUAGCUUUUACUUCCUGUUAGUUUCCACCCUCUCUCUUGGGAGGUUCAACUCAGGAAUUCCACAGAAUGUACAGUGAAAUCCUUCUUAACAUGCAUAUGCACUCUACUUUUCAGUCCUGCUAAUCUUGACAAUUGCUUUAGUGCAUAUAAUUCAUUUAAAAUGGAUAGUAUUUGUCCUCUGAGCAGUUUUAGUUUUCAGCAUCAGUAAACCUAUGGUUAACAAAAAGAAUAGCUUGAAAUUGGGGCAAUCUGCUUUUCUCAUUCGCCUUUUUGUGAGAAUGAGAUGAGAAGAUUGAGAACAUCCUUAUGCCUGUGUGUUGAAGGAGGAAAACAGCAAGCCUGGCUCUGUCUUAAAGUGAAAAAAAAACUAAACAUUCCUAUUGACAAAUCUAAGACAGACCUUUAUGCAUACUGUAUUGUUUGCUGGUCAUUUGUGAUAAUAAUAAGGGUGUUCAAACUUCAAAAUUUCCUCUUUCCACAAUAGCAAGCACUACCAGAUACAGUCAGUGUAGGUCUCUGCUUAGGUCUCCCUCCUGGAAAUCUCACAAAAGCCAUACUGCUACAUAAACAUAAGCAGAAUUGGAAGAAUGAGGGCAAAUGAAUAGAAAAUUCUAACAUUCCAUGAAGAUAGUAACACCAAGUAUUAGUCUUGUAGUCACACCUUUUACCAACUUAGUUUCAGCUUCAAUAUUAUUAGUAGUAUUUUUUUUCUUUAUUCAAUAGAAAAAUAGAGAGGCAAACAGGAAAGCACCUGUGGUAAAGGACCAUGAGCUGGAUUUGAACCCAGGCCACUGCAUUGCCUGUUCAUGGGUCACUUGCUCAACCUCUUGAGCUACCUGGAUGCCCCAAUUUUCAAUACUGUUGUGUUCCAGAUUUGGAGCUUUUGUUGAUGUUGUGCAAGUGAAUUGAAACAGAUUCACAAGCAGGACUUGGUCAAGUGUGGGCAGUGGGUAGUAAUGGCGUCUCCAGAAGUUUUUCAUGGGCUGGACACUGAAAAUGUUUGUGUGGCACACCAAAACCAAAAGCCAUCAUUUAAUUUCAGGAAUUCUGUUAUGCUUUUGUAGUAUAGAAGCUCCUUUAAAGCAAUUCAAUAUCAGUGAGACUUAUGAAAUCACAUACUUUGCUUUCUUAUUUACAGAAAUUGUUACUAUUUCCGACAAGUGCACAGACAAGUAACAGUACACUUACAUUUUUUGUUAUUUGAGUGGCUUCCCUUAAAAAGCCCAGGAGAACAAGCUGCGGUGUACUUGAGAGGAAAAUUUUCUCCUAUAUGCAUGGCAUCUAGACUUCAUUUAUGAUUCAGACAUACAAAAUUCUGUCCAUGUGUGACCAAACUAUGAUACAAUAAAAUAUUUUUUCCUUGUUUCUAGGUUACCCAUUACCAUGUUUUGGUAGUUACUUUAAAGGUCCCACAUUGUACCCAUGUCUAUCAAACAAUGAAAGUCUCACUUCCUCCUCGAAUGUGCCUUCCAAUUUUCUGCCCAAAAUACUGCAAAGAUGGUUCAUCUCACCAUGACUAAACAACCACUAAUUUUAGUUCUGUUCUAAACAGGCUUGUGCAGUUUUAACAAUGGUAUAUCCUUUACUUAAGUCUGAUUCUGCCUGACCCGCGACCAGGAGAAAAACACUCUAUAGAAAUACAUCGGUCUCUCCUAUUACCAUGCAGGAAGGGUUAGGAUGUACAAGAGCUACAAUUGAUAUGUACAUUUAGUAUAAUUAUUUACACAGUGCUCACAAACGGAUAUAAAUGCUCACUACCCACUCAGUCUCACUUAAAAUAAACAAUCAGCCAAACAGAACAACUCAUUCCCAGUCCUUCUUCUUCUCCUCAGUCCACUUGGUCUGCUCCAAAGAAGCCGACUGAAAUCUCCAGAUCCCUAGCCGAGCCGCGCUAGACCCAUGCUCUGAAGACGCAAGGGUCUAGGCACGCUUGACAGGGAGGGAGGCGGGCUAAAAGGUUGUCUAUCAAAUCACUCUGCAGCAAUUGGGUAGAUAUACAACCAAUCAGCGCAACGAAUAGGCUGACGUAGUUCCUAGAGCGCCGGAUUGUGUGUAAGUCCCAUUAGCUUCCCAACCAGCGGAGCCAACUGGUAUAUUAAGGAUUUGCCAUAUCCCAUCGGCAUAAGUCCAAAUACGUCUUUCUUCUCAAUGAAACACUUCAGUGCCGUCCUUUGUUUUUCUUUCAAGUUGAAUUUUAGCUUCAAAUCUUUAAGGGCUGUGGCCAAAGCUGAGUCAAAAGAUAACUGUUUAUUGUGCGCCGGUUGUUUCUGUCAGAAUCGUCGCGCCUCUGUCGUCACUUAGUUACGCCCGCCUUCUGACUCUACACUUCAUGGUGAUUCGUCCGGCCAGUUUUAGGAGCAUCCAACCUCGAGCCUUAUGGAGGGUAACUAGACCCACCCUGGCAGAGAAUUAAAUUCGUCGUCGUGGGUUGUCUACCAUGGCUAGGCUACCAGAUCCCUGUAAUAAGAAGCAGGAUUGAACAUUAUCGGGGUAUCUUCAGGGUCACCUGAGGGUUUUUGGUUCUACAGCGGUGGUUCACGUCUUACUGGUGUACAUUACCAUAGUAACUUACAUGAACACUCCAGAUGAGAGAUCAGCGCAUAUAGUGGCAAGAAACAGUAUGUGAAACUUUUGGAAUUUCAUUGGUUUUCUGCAAUAAUUUGUCAUAAAAUGCGAUCUGAUUUUCAUCUCAGUCAAGGGUAUUGACAGACAUAAUGUGCCUAAAAUAGUAACACAAAAAAUUCCGAUCUUCCAUGCAUUUAUUGAGAACAACCAUAAAAACCUCAUGGUGCGAGUGGAAAGAAGUAUGUGAACCCUGAACUUAAUGACCUCAAAAAGCUAGCUGGAGUCAGGUGUUAGCAUAUCUGGACUCAUGUUCAGAGAAUGAGUUUGGAGGUAUGGACUAGAGCUACUUUGAUGGAUAAAAACAACUAAAACAUUUUGAGUUUGCUCUGCACAAGAAUAAUUUGUUUACGUGAGCCAUGCCUCGAAAAUAAAGAGAGGAUCAACAAUCAAGAAUUCUGGAUUUACAUAAAGCUUGAAAGGGUUAGAAAGUGAUUUAAAAACCUCAAAAAAAUCACCAGUCUACAGUUAUGUAAAGGAUCUACAAAUGGAGACACUUUGGGACUGUGGCUGCUCUACCAAAAAGUGCUCGCCCAGUCAAUUGACCUUAAGAGCACAACAAAGACUCAUCAAUGAGGUAAAGAAAUAACCAGUCACUAAUUCCAAAGGUUCACUUACAUUUCCACUACCAUUUUGAACGUUGAAUCAGUGUAUUCAAUAAAGACAUUACAUUUGUCAAUCCCCUUGAUUUAGAUAAACAUUGGUUCACAUUUUUUGACAAACUAAUGCAGAAAACCAUGAAAUUCCAAAAGGUUCACAUACUUUUUCUUGCCAAUGUACAAAAGCAUCUCCUACUGACCAAUUCAUUAUCUUGAAAAAUAUCAUUAGUGUCCUGGAAGAUCUCAAGGACAAACAUCUAAAAGAUGGAGGCUAAAAAUGUCUUACUUGCAAAAAGAAUGGCACUUAAUGUGAGAUUACUUAGUUCAUCUACCACAUCAUCACCAUGAAAAUAGUUACACUUUAUUAUGUAAUAUAAAAAGUAAUGUUGUAAUUACUUAAAUAAUAUGCCUUUUUUUUAAAGUAACAUGAAAAGCCUACAUCUGUGAUUUUGUUACUUCAUUUUGUAAUGCUGGACUGCACAGUGGGUCAGUGAUUAGCAAUGUCAGCGCACAGCUAAAAGAUCCCAUCCUGGCCUGAUCCUGGGAUCUUUCUGCGUGGAGUUUGCAUGUUCUCCCUGUGCAAUACGGCUUCACACUGGGCUCUCCAGCUUCCUCCCACAGUCCAAAAACAUGCUGAGGUUAAUUGGUGACUCUAAAUUGUCCAUAGGUGUGAAUGUGACUGUGCUUGUUUGUCUGUAUAUGUAGCCCUGUGAUAGACUGGUGACCUGUCCAGGGUGUCCCCUGCCUUCACCAUAAACAGCUUCACCAUCUGGGAUAGACUCCAGCCCCCCUAUGACCCUAAUGAAGAUUUAGUGUGGUAUAGAUGAUGGAUAGAAUCUUCUAAUACAUGAGAGUAAUUGAAAUGAAUUUUAAAUAAACCUUUAUCAAACAGCAUGUACAGAAAGGGGCAGUGAUGUUGGCAAGCAUGUUAAUUACGUUUCACACAGUCUGCGGUCAUUUGAAGUUUUUCUUCCUGUUUUGACUGCUGCAAAAGUGUCAUUUUUAGUUUAUGUUAUGAGUUUAAAGUGUUUCUCUAAUAUUUGCUCUUCAUUUGUAAAAUGUGCCACUCUGAUGCCAGUAGACCAGUCCAGCUCUACCUCUUUCAUGUGCACAUGCACGGAGCUAAAUUCCACAAAACCUGAGUUGACGUACUGGGUUGAUAAGCAGCUUUGUAAAACUGCCAAUCCCAGCUGCAGUUGUUAGGUUAAGUGAAUUCGGGUAACGAAAAGAUUCUCGGUGUAUGUUGAACUUGCUUAGUAAUACAGGCCAAAGGCCGUUGUUUGUGUUAUCAUGGCGCUGUCUCCAUAACAAUGCUUGUUGGUCUAACCUCAGAAAGACUAAUCAGAAACAAGAAAACAUUGCUACCAAAACAAAUAAUGAAAAUUGAUUCAACCAAUCAUAGGUGUCAGUUUAGGGGGGGACGGUGGGGAUGUGUCCCCCCCACUUUUUGUCAGGGGUCAUUUUUGUCUCCAACACAUUCAAAUUCUUCACAUGUAAGCCGUUGUAAACCCAGUUAUUUUCAGCAGUACAGAAAAUUCCUACGCUUCUGAACGCACCAUCCGCACUCGGCCGAGAGUUGCACAGACACGCAGCACACCUUCGUGAGGUUAAAAAAAAAAACAAAAACGUGCAGAUGCUAAAUUUGCGCCUGUGCCAAGUGGAAGCUCCGACCAGAGGCAUGCUGGGGCAAAAUUUCGGCCCGGGAGAAUUAGUACUAUAGCGGCCCACAGACCCCUCUACCUGCAUGUACCGAUAGCUCAACAGGGUGAGCCUCCGCCUUUGGUGUGGUGGUUAUGAGUUUGAGCCAAGCUUGUCGCAUGUUGCUGCUGUUCUUUGACAUUUUCUCAAAGUGCUGUGGUCUCCAUCCCCCCCCCCCCCCCCCCCCACACACACACACACACACACACACUUUUAAAAACAAACUGACGCCCUUGCAACCAAUAUGUCACUCAGUAAAUCUGUAGCAGAUUACCACACCAAAGAACAAACAUCACACAGGCUGAACUUAAUUAACUCAGUUCAUUUGUAUCUGAGUGGAUUUAGGAGUGUUUCUGUGUGAAACACGUACACUUGUUUAGUAAGGAGAUGCCUGGAGCUCCCUCACAGGCUGUUUCAGUGUCUGUAGCUUCAAAUGCAGCUGAGCUGAUGCUGUCCACACACCCUUCAGAAAGGAGACUAACUCAGCAUCAGUGAGGGACAGAACAGAGCAGCACAUUUUACCACAUGGCAGCCGGCACAGACACUGAACAUAUUCAAAAAUCUACAAUACUAGGUUACGUUUUAGGAAAUAAUGAGUUGUUAUAUAAAGUACACAGUAAUGAGCCACAGCAUUAGAGCCUCCAGGAUCACAAUUUUUGACCCUGACAUUUAGCUUACACAUCAAGACUUCAGGCAAUUCCAAUACACUGGUAUGCUCCUUGUAAUUCAACAGUUUAAACAAGUCAUGUGGUCUUUUCAGCUCAUUUAUUUAUUCACUUAUAGUGCUUAUACUUAAAUAGUGUUGUAUUUAGCUGCACUAUUCUUGUUUUGUACAGAAGAAAAAUUGCCUUACUACAAAUCUUUGGUACAGUAUGUUGGUGUUAGACACCUACGUUUUAAAAUUCACACAUCAUAUGUGCAUUUCUUCAACUAUUAAGCAAAUAGAUGAAUUUCUACAGACAAAUCAGUAGCCCUAAUAGUGCAUGGUUUGAAGUUCAAAGAUCUAAACAAACACACAGGCACAUUAUUGACUGAGAGAGACGCCAAAUUAAUCUGCUGAAAAGUCAAUGGCUGAGCACGUGGCAGAGGUGAGUGCUGCUGCUGUCUGCUUUAUCGCUGCCUAAUACUAUGCUGCUGCACACUCACACUCACAGUGGUUCAUGUCCACAGCAUGUGAAUCCUGACAAUUACAAUUGGAAUUUGAUGCAAAAUAAUAUUACAAUAAUGAAUUGCACGUGAUUGUUCAGAUAUUGAUUGACAGCCCUUAAAUAAAGGGUUGUUUUUUCCCUGUGAGAUUUUGUAAAUAUACUUUUUCUUUUUGUUCUGGAAAGAGGAACGGAUGUUUAAAUUGAAAAAGUAAAAGUAGAUGAUGGCAGCUUGGCCGUGCUCGCUUGAAGGGACAAGAUGUAUAGUCAAUCAAAAGUAAAUGUGAAUGAACAGAUCCAACAGACAAUACUACUACAGCACAGUAUUAGAAAAUGAGAAACAUUUAGACACUCUUCAACUGAUUGUCCGAUUUCUUUAAUUGUUCAAUUUCCAUUUGUACGUUUAUUUAUUUGGACUCUUGUUGGAAGUUAUGAUGGUGUGUAGAUUUUAUUUAUUUAUUUAUAUUUUUACAAUUGGCAUGGUUGUAUUUUUCUUUAUUGACAGUUUAAUGAGUUAUAAGUCUUUGUUUACAGAUCACACAUGUGCUUAUGCUGGAAUGUUUUGACCUAAAGGGUGUAAGUUAGUUUACAAUUUUGUGUAUCACAUCUUGUUUUCAUUUAUAAAGAUUUAUUUGAAACUGAUAAUUAAUUAGAACAGGAAAGAUGAUGAAGCUCCUUUUUAAUAUUACUUCAAGCUGUUUACGAUUUUAUGUGAAGAAUAGCAUUCUGGCAAGUGCAGCUACAACUUCUUGGCUUAGAGGUUAUAGAGGCCCAGCUAUGCAGGAAAGGUAGCAAGGAUUUUAUUUGUGUGAGUUAAAGCCUCAAGAAGGAGAGUCUGACUUUAUUUUUUCCUUCGAAUAUUCAGAAAGCCUCCAUCUGUGAAAAAUACUGACAUUUGGAGACCCAGUGUUCAAUAUAUAGGAUUAAAAUGUGCAAAAAUAUUUCAGUAAUCAUAAAUAAAUAUAACAAUUACAAUAAACAAUUAAUGAUCUUGUGAAAACAUUGAAAAUAAUGAUGAAAAACGGCCUGUAAUACAUUUUUAAAAUGUGCUUGAUUUUCAUUGGUUUUAUGGUUACAUCAAAUAUUUGUUUUGUAUUUAUUCAUAUGAUUAUGUAAUACAAUUUCCUAUUUUUUUCUUCUCUCCUUUAUCCUUUUCUAUUUGCCAGAUGGUGUUUUAAGUGGCCCUUGGAUAGAGUACGUAUUUACUUGCUGUAAUUAAUCAGAUGCUCUAAUUUUUUUUUUGAAUAAAUAUCAAAAUUAAGCAUCAAACCAUUUUACAGCAAUCAAUCCCUUUAAAACAAAACAAAGCAUAAAUUAUUAAAUCUGACUAAAAUGCAUUCUUUAGUACUAUUUUUUGCAAUGUUCUGCAUCAUUUGUGCUUUUUUUUACGAGACAUUACGGAUAAAUAAGUGGCAUGUGUUACUGUGACUUUUGAAGUUUCCAGAGAGUAUCAGUGUCUGACAGUAUUAGUUAGCAUGGAGCAUCUGUUACCCCGCAGCAGUCAUACAUUAAAAGUCAUGAAAAAUAGAAUAUAAAGGAACAUAACUUCAGACUCUUCUACCACUGUGCCCAAUAAAAGAGCAACAUUGGCUCACAGAAUGUCACCACAUUAAUAUGUCAUCAGAUUACUCAUAUCAACAAACUGAAGUUGACUAAACUCUUCUACUUCAAAUUGUUACUUGACCAACUUCAGUGCAUUUUUUCCAAAUAAAUGUUUGAGUUUCAAACUUUCCAGUAACUUAAAAUGCUGCGGUAGUAGCACAACAGUUAUUUACGUAAACUUUUAGCAAUGGAGAUAUGGGAGGAGAUUUUGGAGCAUGUAUUCUCUAAUAAAACGCCUCAAUUUACAAUUACAGUCCAUGGCAGCAGACUAGUGGAAGUACCUAUUUAAUCCAGUCAGUUUACAGGGAGCAUUAAGUGGAAGCCACUUUUUUAAACCUUAAUUUAACAGUUAUUACACAUGACGACAUUAUUCAGCGUACCUCUUCUUAUAGGUAAGGACUGUAUGAUCCACAUGUGGACAGUGUCUGUGAUGUGUUUUCUACCUUUUUACAGUGGUGACAUCAUUGUAUUUGUAGAUUUUGGUGACACAUUUUUUACACUUCAUUUUUUUUUGAAUACCUGAAACAUGACUGUUACAUGCAGAUUGAAUUUCGAUUGUCUUGUUUUCUGUUUAACUGGUAAAAUGAGCUGUAUUGUGUUUAGGUUUUUAUAAGUGUUGUGCAACAUGUCAUCUCUUACUUAUCUGAAUGAAAAUAUUGCAAAAUUUUGAAGUAAAAAAACAUAACAUUUUGUCAAGGCAGUUUUGUUAUGAAAUAAAACAAAAAGCAUGAAAAUUA